GAUGGCUGUUUACGAUGAUGACAAAAUUAUCAAGAUAGAUCAAUUAAUGGCCUGCGCCAAAGAAAGCUUCCUGGCCAACAUAGUACGAUCUUACAUUUUUACCAUAAAACACAGCAUGCUAAGAUGUUCAUCCACAGCUUCUCUCGAGUACAUUCUGGAAAAUGGAGCACCAAAGCGUUUUGAGACCCCUGGAAGUGGAUUCUGCAUCACUACACCGUAUCAAACAAUUCAAUCUAUUUUCGUCCGUUGCAUUGUAGUCACUGUACUGACUAGUGAGAGUGAUUUCUAUUUUCAGUUUAAAACAAAAGACUUAAAAGGCACCUUUGUUGCUGGAGAUGCUGUGGUCAUCACUGGAUAUUGGUUACAAGGCUGUUAUUUUCAGAACCAUAUACACAAUAUUUUACAACAGGAACAGAUAUUGUUUCUUCCGAAAAUGUCACAAAGUUAG